AUGCUCCUAGGGGAAAGGAGUUCACGUGGUUUUGUAACCAACGGCCUACUUCGAAUUUACAACGACAGCAUGGAAAACGCCCUUUCAUGCUGGCUGACCGAGCACAAUUGUCCGUACACACUACAGAAACACAAGCCGUCCGCCUUAUCAGCAGGAAGGGCAAACAGGGAAUGGGGUUCGAUAUGGGGUAACCGAAUGUACAACCGUGUCAUCCAGCUUGACAGAGCGUACAACUCCAUUCGUAUACGAGCCUUGACGGCUGAGGAAGAGCGUACAGCCUCCAAGGCACUUAACAUGGCCGUCGUGGCCUUUGCAUCGCAGUGGGCUCAAGCAGGUGACCGAGGUUCGCGGGCUCGGCCAACAGACUUCAACUUCUCAACGGACGAAUUCCCAGAGUCGAAUCACUUUGAGCGAUCAAUGCAAGAAGGUCUAUGGCACCAAACAUCCCAGAUACUGCACCGUGCAGCUGGCAUCGACUCGUUCCGCGUCGUCUUCGCAAUGAUCAUCUUCUCGCUCACGCAGCGGCCUCUCGACAUAUCCCGCCCUUUUCCAUACAGCGUCUCCCAACUGAAAGCCAAAUACGAAUACUUCAAGAGCAUCAUACAAGACGACGAAGCACCCAUAUUUCUGGAACUAGCAUUGCGCCAGAUGAUGGCUCAGCGACGCGCACUGGAGCGUGCAGAACAAGCCAUGUCUAGGACAGCAGACGGGGAGUUCCAAGACCCUCUCCGACAAGAAGACCGCGACACAUUCAACCUAUUAUACUGGCUCGGCGUCAUGUUCGACACAUUAUCAGCCACAAUAUCAGAACGCACAGUAGUCGUCGAUGAUGAAGACUGCGAACUCCCUCGACCAGAGAGCCACAAACCCACCCAGCCCACUCCUCCCCCCGCCGCCACUUCUGCCUCGACCGCAUGGCCAGUAAUACCAAACAUGUUCAACACCCAGUUUCAUCCUGUCCCUCCAGACCCCACCAUCGACGCCGCGACUGUGGAAAGUGAGGCAUUUAAGAACCCAGAAGACAACAAAGUAUGGGGCAACUUGUUCAUGCGCAGCCCAGACUCGCAAGCAGACCCCGGAGCAACGAGAUGGCCAUGCAGUUACAAACUUGCUGCUUCAACACUGAGCUCCGCCGCGCCGGUAAAAGUACUAUUGUAUCGACGGGUAUCGCAGAUUCAAACGCUCGUAUCACGACGAGCGUCAGCAGAUAAAAUAGAGUCCGCCAUCAACGCCGCCUUCCAAGUAUAUACGCAUUGGACCCGCACCUAUGCCCCCUUCAUCUCAGACUGCAUAACCCACCAUGCCACACUCCCCACGCGCAUUCAAUCCUGGUACAUUCUCCUCGCGGGUCACUGGCACCUCGGCAUCUUCCUCCUCUCAGAUCUCCUCCACACAAUCGACACUGCAGCCUUAUCGCUCCCCAACGAGCGCGCCUGCCGCUUAGCUGCGAACCUCGUGGCGACGCUGCGCCGUCAAAAUGCGCUGGCGGUCGCGGAUCUGAGUCUGGCGAGUAUACAUUCCGCAGCGCAGAGCGAGGAGGACUUUGCAGCUGCGGCAGCUGCAGCCGCAGGGGGUGUACGGAGCGAAUUCCAUUUUGCCCUCAGUGAAGCGGCGUUACUGACGGAACCCUGGACCGUCGUCUUCGUCCGUUCCCUAUGCAGAGCAGGCUACAUACUCGUUUCCAUCGCCGCCUCCACGGACUCCACACGCGAAGAACGCGAGCAAGCGCGGGCGCGAUGCGGCGAUUGCAUCGAAGGACUAUGGUAUCUCGGCCGGAAAUCCGACAUGGCCUUCCUAGCCGCCCGCUGUUUGAGCAACAUGCUGGAUGAUGCGGUUAUGGAGAUGGGAGGUAGAAGCGCAACAGCGACGACGACGGCGGCGGCGACAACGGAAGAUGAAGAUGGCGGCCGGAUGAGUGGAAGUGAGGAGAGUCCUACUGCGACUGGUGCUGGCGCUGCUCCUAUCAACACAGCCGAUACCUCAUCCUUCUUUCAGACCUGGGGCUUGGAUGAUAUCAUGACUGAUACUACACACUCACACCCCCAAAGCCAUGCCACCGCACCACCACCACCACCACCACCACCAUCAUCAUCAGGCUACCACCAACAUCAACAUCAACCUCCCAACAACUUCUCCCCCCCUCCUCCUCCGCCGUCAAGCUACCAAGGCUCCGUUGCGAUAAGCUACCCCGACUCCGAGUCCCAACUCCCGUUAGCAGACAGCGACAUUUUGGAUUUCCAACCCCCCUUGAAUUUGGAUGGCUCGGGCGUUUGGGAUUUUAAUAUGCAGUCAUAG